AAGGCCCCGCCUCUCCCCAGCGAAAGCCAGUCACAGCCUGUCCUCAGCUUCCACUUCCCGUCCGAUCCUGGGCACUAAAGAGAUUUGUGUCUGCGAUGGCUGAUGAUCAAGAGAGAGACUUGCAGAGAUUUCUGGAAAAUGUGGAUGAAAUAACCAGUUUAAUCCAAGAGAUGAAUUCUGAUGAUCCCUUCAUACAGCAGAAAGCUGUCCUGGACUCGGAAAAGAAACUCCUGCUGAUGGAGAGAGAGCAAGAGGAGGACGGGUGCAGGACCACUCUGAAUAAGACCAUGAUCAGUCCUCCACAAACUCCCGAGAAUGCAGAUGAAAUGAGCCCAGAUGCCUUCUUGGCAUCCGUGGAGAAGGACGCCAAGGAACGAGCCAAGAGAAGACGAGAAAACAGAGUCCUGGCAGAUGCCCUGAAGGAGAAGGGGAACGAGGCCUUUGUCAGGGGCGACUAUGAAACAGCCAUAUUCUUCUACAGUGAGGGCUUGGGGAAGCUCAAGGACAUGAAGGUGCUGUACACCAACCGAGCCCAGGCUUUUAUAAAACUUGGGGACUAUCAGAAGGCUCUUGUGGAUUGUGACUGGGCUCUGAAGUGUGAUGAGAAUUGUACAAAGGCCUAUUUCCACAUGGGGAAAGCCCACGUGGCCCUGAAGAACUACAGCAAGGCUAAAGAAUGUUAUCAGAAGAUUGAAGAGAUAAACCCCAAGCUGAAGGCACAGGUGAAAGAACACCUAAAUCAAGUAACUCUUCGAGAGAAAGCAGAUCUUCAAGAGAAGGAAGCCCAAGAAUCUCUGGAUUCAGGAAAGAACACAGCAGUGACGACCAAAAAUCUCCUGGAAACCCUAUCCAAGCCUGGCCAGACACCCUUGUUCUAUGCAGGAGGCAUUGAGAUUCUGACAGAAAUGAUGGCUGACUGCACAGAGCGAACGUUGUUCAGAACCUACGGUGGAUUCAGCACCAUCAGUGACCAUGAGGUCAUCAGAAGGUGCCUCUUCUUAACAGGGAAGGAUGCAGUCGAGGAGGUGCUUUGCGUAUCUGUUCUAAAACUCUGGCAGGAGGUUUGCGUCGACAACGAGGAGAACCAGCGCCUGCUUGUGACCCACCCUGAUAUGGCCAGGCUGCUGCCUUCCUUCAUGACUUCCAGAAUCCUGGUGAUUCAACAGCAGAGCCUGGACCUACUGCUGCAGCUCACUCAGACGGAGAAUGGCCGGAACCAAGUGAUCAAGCACCUUGACAUGACCCAACUGUGUGAAGCACUGCUGUCAUUUCUUGCCUUCUCUGAUAAGAAGGCCAAUACAGCCAUCGGAAUACUCACAGACUUGGCUCUAGAAGAAAGAUUCCAAGUCUGGUUCCAGACCAACCUUCCAGAUGUCCUCCCUGCUCUCACGGGAGCUCUGAAUCGAGAGCCCAAGAUAACCAGCCCCUCUGCCCUCUGCCAGUGCAUUGCUCUGUUGGGAAACAUCAGCGCUGAGCCAACUGCCAGAAAACACAUGAUAGCUCAUGAAGAAUUUGGGAAUGCCUGCUUGGACCUCCUGGUCAAGUGUGAAGAGGACAUGGACUUAUUCAGAGAGAUCACAUAUACCCUCCUAGGACUCAUCAUGAACUUGUGUCUUGAAAUCACCUUCCUCUCUGAGAUGUGGGUUGUGAAGAUGAGCCGGAAGUGCCUGUCUCUACUGAACAGCAAGGAUGGAGGAAUCUUAACAAGAGCGGCAGGUGUUCUGAGCCGGACCCUUUCUUCCUCUCAGACCAUUGUGGAGGAGGCCCUGACAGCAGGAGUGGUCAAGAAAAUGAUUAAAUUCCUGAGGAUGGGAGGCCAGACUGCAUCACGUUACGCCAUAAAGAUACUGGCUAUCUGCACGAACAGCUGUCAUGCAGCUCGGGAAGAAGUAGUGAGACUUGAUAAAAAGUUUGACCUUUUGAUGCUGCUGCUUGCCUCUGAGGAUGAAAUUCUGGCGGGCAAUGCUGCCCUCUGCCUUGGCAACUGCAUGGAAGUGCCCAGUGCAGCCCCUUCCUUGCUGAAGACGGACAUCGUGAGGGUGCUCUUGAAGCUGGCAGGCAGCGACUCAAAGGAGACAGGCGUACAGCUGAAUGCAGGCAUCGCUCUGGGGAAGCUGUGCACUGCUGAGCCCAGGUUUGCUGCCCAACUGCGAGAGCUUCACGGGAUACAAGUUCUCAACUCUACAAUGAAACACUUGAAUGAUUCUUGAAAGACACGGUGCCAGUGUAAAAGCCUGUGAGCACACACACACACACACACACACACAACUCUGGGCCAGGGGUCACUGCUCUGCUAAUAAAUUCUUUUUAAAUAUUUAGCUCCAAAACUGGAUGUCUGCCGGGUUUUUGCUGGGAAGAAGAGAGCAGGUGGCUACCACAGUAGAAACUGCUGCUCUAACAACUGAUGCUUGCUCUAGCAUCCAUCUCCCAUGCCUUUGACCUGCUCCUUCAUUUUCUACUGAGGCUGGAAAACAGCCUAUCAAAAGCCUCAUUUCCCAGGCACCCUUGCAGCAACACCACUAGAUGAGAACUAGAUCCUGAGGGAAGCAUCAGGGGUGUUUGGUACUGACACCUUAGCAUCUGCCUGCAGCACUCAGCCCUAUAAAAGACUGGUGGUAGCACCAGGGUGGCAGCAGCUACCUGAAUCCCAACUGCAUCUGUGGCAUGUGCUUUUGAAUCCAGUGGGUUAAGUGAUGAUGGGUGGCUCCCCUGACAAGGGAGCUGUUUCUAGUCCUGGGCCUGGGGGUCAGCAUUAGCAUCUGGCUGCUUUCUUACAAGUACCCCAUGUUAGGUGUAAGAUGGUUCUGGACUGAAAGUGAGAGAACACAGGCUUUUAUUUGCAGAAACCCAGUUGGAAGUCUGGAUGAAAAUCACUAACCUGGAGCCCUCUGUGUGGGACCAGUGCACUGUGGGCAGCUGGUAAGAGCUCACUGGAGUAUUCUACAAUGGGGCUGUAACAGUGUCCCCAGGUGCCAGGCAGGUGCCAGGCCUCAGCAGAGAAGGUGGGACCUGCCCAUUCCAUGGCCUCAUGCAAACAAACCUCCUUCAAGCAGCCAAAUUGCAAGGGAGAUGUGUGACGGUAAACAGAGCAGAGAGGAAAAGUAGAGGUUGCAGAAUCUGCAGCUUUCAAAGAACUCGGCAGGGCUUGGAAGGUGGCAUCGGGGUGCAGAAUCAACAGGCUGGUCUCCAUUGCAAGGUUCAUGCCUCUCUCAUGCUGCUACAUUCCUCCUCUCUGACUCUGAAAAUGGCUGCCGUAGGUAGAACCCCAUCCCCAAAGAGUGGGGACUGUCACAUUCCACUGUGCUUGAGAGUUCACGCACAGAGUUGUAAUCUUCACGCUGGCGGUGGGGUGGUUGCACACACUCGACAGGUGGAGAGACAUGCCUUACAAACUAGCCAUCUCGCAUCUCGUAACCUCACAAGGAUACCAUGAGGCAGAUAUUGUCUUCACUAUAGAUGUAAAGAAACCAAGACUUCCAUGCCUGGGGCCAUGUAUUCUGUAAAUAGAGGAGUCAGAAGUUAAGGGCAAACUAAAGACUCAAAAGUUUGUUUGUUUGUUUUUAACUUUUUUCUAAUGUAAAACAUUUCUCUCCUUGUUGAAUGUGGCUUGCAAGAAACAUCUAAUUUUUU